AUGGUCUUCAAACCGUUCACCCAUCUCGCACGUCAGAGUUUCACCAAAGCCUUCACUCAUGGCUAUGCUCAGUCGGUAGUUGCGGCGUCGCAGUCUUCCUACGCGUCCUCCGCCACAUUCAAUCAACUCGCCAAUCAACCGGCCAAGGUCUCCCGGAGUGCAUUGCAAAAUGUAUUCCAACCCUCAAGUUCUUCCGGCGCUGGCGCCAAAGCCAGCCAGGGCGGCUCGGGCUCGGGAGACUUAGGCCUCGCGGCGUAUUAUGCCGCGUGGCAACACGCUCAGCAGACUGGCGAUGAUAGUGAUUGGAAACAGUUUCAGGUGAAGCGGAAACUGGGGUGGAAACCGUCGACGCCGGAAGAAGCAGCAAAGUCCAAAGAAGAUAGCGUGAACUCGACGAAUCCCCAUAAUUUCGACUCGCCUCACAUCACGAAGGCCUCCGCCAAUGCCGAUGUUAGCGCUCAGGUUGAGGAGGCGGUGGCUCGAGAGAUUCAAAUCCAGGAAGAGCAAGCCCAAGCUGAGGAGGCAUCCGAAGGAAAGGAUGACUCGGCCACUGAGGCAUUCCCUGACCUACCAGCAGACGUGGCUGCCAUCGCGGAUGUCUCCACGGAGCAAGCUCGUAUCGCUUCCGAUCAGAUUGUCCAGCUGGCUUUAACAAAGAAGUACGCUGAGAUCCCCAGUGCAUUUGAAGCACUGCUCAGAGAUGGCUUGACUCCCACGGUCGGUGCUUACAAUGCCCUGCUGGAAUCGGCUGUACGGCUUCAUGGUGACACCGCUCAGGCGAUUCAGAAGGCGCUGGAUGUCUAUUCUGAUAUGCUCCGUCGUAGGGUAAUUCCCGACGAGCAGACGUAUCGGACUCUCGUCCAGCUCUUCGUGGAGCGCGCACACGAUGCCCUGAAGUCCCAGAAAUCGCUCGAGCAGGACCGGAUCCGCUACGGAGGAAUGGAAGAGCCUGGCAAGUUCAUGCUCCACUCGAGCGAGUUGGAGCGAGCCAUUCUCGAUGAGGACCAUUCGCUCGGUAUCGCUAUCAAGCUAUUUAACACUGCUACCACAAGACACCCCGAUCUCAUCUUUCCAUUGGACACCUACAGCCGCCUGAUUAUCGCAUGUGCGAGAGAGGGCCAAGUUGAGAAUAUGAUCCGCAUUUACGCCCACAUGGAAACCCACAAAGUUACACCUCAUGCCUCUAUCUUCCCGUCGAUGAUCGAUGCUUUCGCCUCUACUGGAGAUCUGAAGAGUGCUGUGGAGUGCUACAACGAGUAUAAGGCUCUCGCAAUCUCGGACGACAAUGGUACGUUCAGCAUCGUUCAACGCCUGGAUGGCCAGGUGUACGCUGCGUUGGUCAAAGCGUAUCUAUCGUGUGGUAAGGAGAAGGAGGCUUUGCGCUUUUUGGAGCGGAUCCGGGCUUCUUUCGAUGAGGUGACAGAAAACAAAGAAACUCGGAAAGAUGCUGUUGAAACCGUGAUCGUUCGAGAUGGCCUUGUUUCGCACUCCUUAAAAUCGGGUGAGCAUGAUAAGGCGUUGAGUCAAGCUAAGACACGGUUGCGCGAUGGGGCCCUGGAUCAUGCCAUGGCCGAAAUCUGCAUCGCCGCGGCGGAUGCCGGUAACCUCAAAACGGCUUCCGAAGCAUACGAUUGUCUGCCUACUGAUACCGCAAAACGUCAUGGCCCUGCUAUCUCGAUGCUGGCAUUAUACGUGCGUCAAGGCAACGUGUCGGCGGCUAGGCCUCUGUGGGUUAUGCUAAGCACUGUGGGUCAGACAACACCGGACAUGGUUCAGCCGACGGCGAUGUAUUCGGUGGCCUUAUUGAAGAGUGGUCAGAUCGAAGAAGCCCUAGUCGAGGCCCGUAAUAUGUUUGGACGGGUCCGCAACGCUUCAAUCGACAACCCUUAUCUACUUAACGCCGUCCGGGAGCAGAUCAAUGAAAGUCUUCAUCUCAUCGGUCGCGUACUUAUUCAAACUGCUGCCGUCCUCUCUCCCCAAACUGCGGUCGGGAAGCUAUUCAACAGCCGUCCUGACAUGGUGAGGAGGUGGCACGACCACCUUGGGCUCACCUCCAGCCCUUCUUCGUUCUUGUCCGAUCGCCACACUCCGGUCUCUGAGAUGUCGACGAUGACCUCCGCGCCCAGCGAAGACUCGUUCGAUCCGUACGCAUAUGCCACCGAUUUCAAAGGAUCCGCGAUGAUUGCCGAACAGUUGGAAAGCACCAGCGGUCGCCCCGAUUCCCACCUCAACGAUGCUUUGACUCGGCUUCGGAACAUGCGCCGCUCUGGCCGUCAUCCUCGCUACAUCACGUAUGCCAAACUGAUCACCGCUGCCGCCAAGUGUCAUCGCAACGAUUUGGUCCAUGAAAUUCUGAGCAUGGCUCGCCGCGAUGUCCCUCUCCUGCACCAGUAUCACGCUGUCAAGUACGGUUGGGUGUCAAUUCUUGACGCCAUGGUAGCCUCCUGCCUUACCCUUAAUGAUCGCAGUCUCGCUUCCAAGUAUCACCAGGAGCUUUCGGAACUCGGCUCCGCUCCGUCCGCCAACACCUUCGGUCUUUAUAUCACCACGCUCAAGGAAUCAACCAAGACCUUUGAUGAGGCGACCGAAGCUUUGAAGAUCUUCCAUCGUGCGGUCGCUGAAGGGGUUGAGCCUACCUCGUUCUUGUACAACGCCUUGAUCGGGAAGCUUGGUAAAGCCCGUCGCAUUGACGAUUGUCUGUUGUACUUCGCCGAGAUGCGUGCCCAGGGUGUGCGUCCUACUAGUGUUACCUAUGGAACAAUUGUGAACGCGCUCUGCCGAGUCAGCGAUGAACGGUUCGCCGAAGAGAUGUUCGAGGAGAUGGAGUCGAUGCCCAACUACAAACCUCGCCCAGCUCCCUACAAUUCCAUGAUUCAGUACUUCCUGAACACCAAGCGCGACCGCAGCAAGGUUCUGGCGUACUAUAAGCGCAUGCUCAGCCGUAAUAUCCAGCCCACCAUGCACACGUACAAGUUGCUCAUCGACGCACACGCCUCUCUUGAGCCUGUGGAUAUGAAGGCUGCGGAGAAGGUACUCGAAACCAUCAAAGCCGCCGGACAGCAACCAGAGGCCGUACACUAUGCAUCUCUCAUCCAUGCUCAUGGCUGUGUGAUGCAUGACAUGAAAGCUGCUCAGGACGUCUUCAACUCGGUCGUCUCCAACAGCAAAGUGCGACUCCAGCCAUGCCUGUACCAGGCCCUUCUAGAGGCCAUGGUGGCCAACCACCAGGUCGCACAAACUGAGGACAUUGUGAAGGAUAUGGUCCAGCGUAGGGUCGAUAUGACUGCCUACAUUGCCAACACUCUUAUUCAAGGGUGGGCCACUGAGGGCAACGUGAGCAAAGCCAAGGCCAUCUAUGAUAGCAUUGGUGUGGACAAGCGGGAGCCCAGCACUUAUGAGGCUAUGACCCGUGCAUUCCUCAUGGCGAACGAGCGAGAGAACGCCUCUCGCAUUGUGCAAGAGAUGCUGUCUCGUGGAUACCCGACCGCUGUCGCCAGCAAGAUUGUGGAUCUUGUCGGUGGCGGUGCCGCGGUCGCUGCUGCCCUGUAG